GAGGGAAAAGAUAUAAAGCGUUUGGAAGAAACGAUCGUCGGCUUCGCAAAAUGGAUGUGGUUUUCCUCAUCUCAUCUUCUGUCUCCUCAAAAGAAAAACCAAAACCAAAACCAAAACCCCUAACUCUCUCUCUCUCUCUCUAACUCUCUCUGAGAAAUCUCUGCCAUUCCUAAUUGCAUUUUCGGGUCCCUGAAGUGUGGAAAACAUCUCUACUGUGCACAUGGCACUUCUACAUGGUGAUCAGGGCCAUUUAUUUGGCGGGCCACCACAUGGAUGGACCACAUACCAGAAAACAAUAAGAUUUAUUUGUUGUAGGUAUCUAAUCUGCAGCCUGCAAAAGGUACCCUUAACUCUAAAGUGGAGAAAUCUACUUUUAUGGAGAAUGAAGUGGUUGCAGCAAAUCAAGGGAAUGGAACAAAGAGAAAGACCCAGUUCCAACUUAAAUCCCUGGAGAGUUUCUAUUUGGAUGAGAAAUAUCCCUCGCAGAAGACGAUGGAAGACUUUGCUGCUUCUCUGAAGUUGACAUAUAAGCAGGUCCGUGGAUGGUUCAUCGAAAGGAGGAGGAAGGAGAAAAGGGAGAAGGGGACAUUUUGUUCAGAUAUGAGAACUGCUUCUUUCAUUGGUAGGGUUCAGGCACCUGAUCACAGCUCAGCUGGAGCUUCUGAGAGGAAAAUAUCUAAACAAGGUACCUUGGGUCAAAGAGGAGAAAAAGCCCAGACAUAUUCAAUAUGCAACCAGACACGGUAUUCGGAAUUGGACCAGUCGAAGAGCUGCAAUAUGCUACAUUCUGAUAAUGGGCAUACUGAGGUUGUUGGGCAUGGAGUUCAACGAAGGGCUCCUGGACAGCAUAUGAAGAAUUCCAUGGCUAGUAGCAAGAAUGAUGAGGGAAAUAAACAUCUGCUUCAGGAUGUGCUGCCUCCAGAUUACAUUUUGGAAAGAAUAUUCCGUAAAGAUGGCCCUCCACUUGGGGCGGAUUUUGAUCCCCUUCCUGCAGGAGCAUUUGGAAAUCAUUCAGGUUCCAACCCUCCUCGCCGGGACAGCCAAAAAGAACCCAAAAGAAGAAAGGUCUGUGAUCCACUCAUCCUGGACCAUCCUUCAAAAAAUCCAUCCCUCCUGGACUCUUUUGCACGGGAGAAAAAGAGUGCACCAGUGAAGAAAUAUGGCAUUGGGAAAGGUUUGAUGACAGUGUGGCACGCGACAAAUCCGCAAGCUAGAAGCUUUCCCAGCUGUGUCAAUUUUAUCAACAGAGAAGCAGCCAAAAUGUGCUUCAGUUCUAAACUCUCUGUCCCUCGUCAACUUCUACAUCAAGAAACAAGAAAAUCACAGUAUCGAAGGAUUGCCGCGAAGCAAAGAACACUGGGGAAGAAAAUGCAGGAAAAGAGAAAACCUUCAACCAAAAAACAAAAGGUCAUAUGUAAUAAAGAUGAGACUCGAAAGACGCUGCAUAGAGCAGAAUGCAUACUUGCAAUUGUUGGAUUAGGAUCCCAAGCAAAAUCAGAUGUGUCAACAGUAUUAAUGGAUGAUGAAGAGCUGGAGCUAAGAGAGCUACAAGCAGGACCAAAUCCACUGACAUGCUCCGCUCAUAUAACUAAAAAUGGGAGGCAUGGUUGUUCACUUUGCAAAGAUUUACUUGCUAGGUUUCCUCCUCAAUCUGUAAAGAUGAAGAAGCCUUUGUCCACACGACCUUGGAAUUCUUUACCAGAAACUGUCAAGAAAUUGUUUAAGGUCUUCCGGUUUUUGUAUACUCAUUCCGUAGCCAUUGAUGUGUGCCCCUUUACACUUGAUGAGUUUGCUCAGGCAUUUCAUGACAAGGACUCCUUAUUACUUGGAAAAAUUCACGUGGCUCUUCUCAAACUUCUUUUGUCAGAUGUUGAUCAGGAGCUCAGUGGUGACUUUCUUCCCCGGUAUGCUAACGACUGCAGAUUUCUGGGGUUUCUCCACUUCGUAAAACAACAAGAAUUUGAUAUGAAGUUCUGGAUUAGAGCUUUGAAUCCUCUUACGUGGACAGAAAUACUGCGGCUGGUUUUGGUUGCCGCAGGUUUUGGUUCAAAACAGAACCCACUGCGGAGGGAGAUUCUUAGCAAGGAAGGGAAUCGUAUGGCAAAAUAUGGUCUACGUCCUGGUACUUUGAAAGGUGAAUUGCUUAGCAUUUUGUAUGAACAAGGAAGUAAUGGAUUGAAAGUUUCUGAGUUGGCAAAAUCUUUUCAGAUUGUUGAAUUGAAUCUCCCCAACACAGCUGAUGAACUGGAACGCAUGAUCUGCUCAACACUUUCUAGUGAUAUUACCUUGUUUGAGAAGAUAUCGUCUUCAGCAUAUCGUCUGCGUGUGAAUCCUCAAAUUUCAAAAGGAAAGAGAAAUUUUCAAUCUGAUACUGAAGACUCAGGAAGCGUGGAUGAUGACUCUGGUGGCUCGAGCAGUAACAGUAGCAGUGAUGAUUCAGAUGGUUCUGAAGAGUUGGAUUCAACACUAUGUGAACAGAGACUUGUUAGGUAUAAGGGCCAUCGUAAACAGAAAAACAACAAGUUGACUGAGUACAUGGAAAUUGAUGAGAGCCAUUCAGGAGAAGCAUGGAUGCUUGGGUUGAUGGAAGGUGAAUAUUCAGAUCUAAGCAUUGAAGAGAAGCUAAAUGCUUUAGUGGCUUUAGUUGAUCUCACUGGUGCUGGAUCCAGUUUAAGAAUGGAGGAUCCGGUCAGAGCCAUCUCAGAAAGCAUGCCUGAUAUUCAGCAUCGUGGAUCAGGAGCAAAACUAAAGAGAUCAUCAGUAAAUCAGCAUAUGUUGGCAAAACCGUUCGAGGGUCGUGUGGGGCAAAUGCAUGCUAUAAAACAGGUGUACCCUUCAGAAGAGCUUCUUUCAGUUGAUCAUUCUAGUAAGGGGAAAGCCUCUAGCAAGAUGAGUGGUCUUCAUAGACCAAAUGGUUCGAAAACAAAAGAUACAAAAGCCAGAGAGGAAUCAGACAUGCAUCCACUGCAAGUCAUAUAUCUAGGAUCUGAUCGUAGGUACAAUAGCUAUUGGCUCUUCCUGGGCCCUUGUGAUGAAAAAGAUCCAGGCCACAGGAGGGUUUAUUUUGAGUCUUCUGAAGAUGGCCACUGGGAGGUGAUUGAUACCGAACAGGCAUUAUGUGCUUUACUGUCAGUUCUAGAUGGCAGGGGUACACGGGAAGCUCACCUUCUUUCAUCUUUGGAGAAGCGAGAAGCUUCUCUCUCCCAAGCUAUGGCCCAAAGCAUGGCAAUUGUAAGUGAAAUCAGGCAGCCAGCACGAUCCGAUCAAUCUGACAUGGAUGUUGUCAGUGGAGAUGGCUCUUCACCAAUUUCAGAUGUAGACAACAACCUAACUCCGACUGAGGUUGUAAAUGACCACAUGGCUUCUUCUUGUGCUAUAGUUCUUGAGCAUGGAAAGAAUGGGGAAGAGAAACGACAGAGAUGGGACCGCCUUCAAGCACUUGAUGCAUGGAUUUGGAAUUUUUUCUAUUCAAAUCUUAACGCUGUAAAAUGCACUAAAAGGUCUUAUCUGGAAUCUCUUGCCCGCUGUGAAAGUUGCCAUGAUUUGUUUUGGAGAGAUGAAAAGCAUUGUAGAACAUGUCAUACUACUUUUGAGCUAGACUUUGAUAUGGAAGAAAGAUAUGCCAUACAUAUUGCAACGUGUAGAGAAAAAGGGGAUGUUGAUAUGUUUCCGAGUCACAAGGUUCUACCAUCACAGUUGCAAUCACUCAAAGCUGCAGUACAUGCAAUAGAGGCAGCUAUGCCUGAAGAUGCUUUAUUGGGUGCUUGGAGAAAGUCAGCUCACAAGCUUUGGGUCAAAAGGCUUAGACGCACAUCAUCUUUGCCUGAGCUUUUGCAGGUUCUUAAUGAUUUCGUUAGUGCCAUCAAUGAGGAGUGGUUGUGUCAAUGCAAUGUUUUUCUGGGCCCUAACACAGCCCUUGAGGAGAUUCUUGUAUUUUUUCCAACUCUUCCCCAAACAACGUCUGCAGUUGCGCUCUGGUUGGUCAAAUUGGAUGCUGCGAUUGCUCCUCAUCUGGAAAGGGUUCAAUCAGAAAAGACAGUGGCAAGCAUGCCUAGACUAAGAGGAAGGUGUGCUUCUACUCGAUAGCUGUCAUCUGGGGAUCAGUGGAAACUGGAUGUUUCUUUCAUGUAUCAUAUAGCUUAGGCCAUAUGUGUGAACCUUCCAAUCAAUCCAUCCAUCUACAUGCGAAAGCUACACCAAAUUGCUUUUCUCACAUUGGCUGAUGAAAGUUGGCACCUUCAACGGCCUGGUUCUGUAACUGAUGCAAGCAAUGCUGUAUAUUUUUUCAGGCCCAUAACAGUUGAGCAUCUUUUAAUUUUGUAAGAGAAACUUCGGUGGUGCCAUUCCAAUUUUGACCAUUUCCAGACCCCCCCAUGUGGUCAACAGGUCACACACAGCUAAGGUAUCAAGAAUACAAUCUCUGGUAUGAAUCUAAUCACCUUGGCUUCCCUUUCACAGAUUCAUUUUGCCGAACAUAUCAAUGUAUUCGAGAGUUCGUCGAGCUUUCAGAUACAAAAUAGGUGAACAAUGUUCGACGUCUAUAGUCAUGGUUCAUGGGAAACUUCCAACCUUUUUUUUCUUCUCCUCUUUAAUAACUUUCAUGUUCUUUCCAUAUCCUUUUGUAAGUUGCAAUGAUAUUGUAACUGUUGUCGGGUGGACCAGAGGACUCCUCUGUGAUAGGAAAUAGUUGCUGCAGAUGCACAUUUGUGGCUGCUUCUGUGGGAUUUAAUGAUAGUUUGCUUUAGGAA